AUGGUUUCAGGACUUAUCGGGUAUGCCGUUGGAAAUAUCAACACUGGGCUUGCCAAAUGGAUGUGUAUAUUUCUCAUCUUUGGGUCGAUAAAGAUGGCUUGGGGUUUCGUCUCUCUCGUGUUACUCCCUGAUAGUCCAUCAACGACGUAUUUUCUGUCGCCUCGAGAGAAAGCUGUAGCUGUCGGUAGAGUGGCGGCAAAUCGUCAAGGUAUCAAGAACCAUGUCUUCAAACCAUAUCAAGCCGUACAGAUGAUGAAGGAUCCUAAAACAUGGAUACUGUUCUUAAUGGCAGUCACGGGACAAAUACCAACGGCAGCGAUCACCAGUCUCGCCAGUAUAAAUAUAACGAGUUUUGGCUUUGGUACUUUAAGCUCACAAUAUAUGCUGAUUCCCGGGGGAGCUGUUCAAUUCUUUGGCAUGUUGUUUGGCGGGUGGGUGGCAACGAAGUGGCCUAACAUGAGAUGUGUGGUGAUGAUCGUAGCGAACUCAAUCUGUAUUGUCGGUGCUGGAUUUCUAGUGGGAUUAUCGGCCGAGAAAAAGGGGCGAUUGGUGGCACUUUGGCUCUGCUAUACCCAGGCCCUGGGAUUCAGUAUGAGCCUAACCAUGAUAUCCUCCAAUAUUGCAGGUUACACUAAAAAGCAGCUGACGGCAGCAGUAGUCUUUAUGGGAUUCUGCGCCGGAAAUGUUGCUGGACCGCAAACGUUCAUUACCAGUGAAGCUCCUGGAUAUCAUACCGCCUACUUGUCUAUGUUGAUUGCUUACGGCCUGAAGCUAGCCUUAGCAAUCAUCCUAUACGUCUAUAUGUUUGUGUCUAAUAAACAUAGAGAUAUGGAGCGAGGACUGGUGAUACUGAGUGAGAAGGAGGUGAUCGAGCUGGGGAUGUGA